GGCAGAGUCGGGCCCUUGCAGAGAGCCCGCCUCAGCAAGUACCCCGGGGAGAUCGGGCUGGAAGGAUGAGGGGCUGCGGCCGUGCACUUCCGCCACAGUAGGAGGGAUCUGAAUUAGACGCUGGGAAGGAGUUGCAGGCUGUGAGCCCAGUUUGUAGAAGUCUUAAGAGCAAGGACUUCAGCUCCGAAGGUUCAAGAUAGUGGCCCGCUUGGCACGUCCAUCUUGGGUCCUCUCCAGUAGGACCUGGCCACCGAAGGGUCGUCUUCUGCCGCUGACCCCCAUCAAAUCCCAUCAUGCCCACAGCCCUGUGCCCUCGAGUCUUGGCUCCGAAGGAAAGCGAGGAGCCCAGGAAAAUGAGGAGCCCACCUGGAGAGAACCCUUGCCCCCAGGGGGAGUUUCCCAGCCCUGAGUCCUCCCGUCGCCUCUUCCGCCGUUUCCGCUACCAGGAGGCAGCAGGCCCCCGGGAGGCCUUGCACCGACUCUGGGACCUGUGCCGGGGCUGGCUGCAGCCUGAGAGGCACACCAAGGAGCAGAUCCUGGAGCUGCUGGUGUUGGAGCAGUUCUUGACCAUCCUGCCCCGGGAGAUACAGAACUGGGUGCGGGCCCAGGAGCCUGAGAGUGGCGAGCAGGCUGUGGCCGCAGUGGAGGCACUGGAACGGGAGCCGGGGAGACCCUGGAAGUGGCUCAAGCACUCUGAAGACCCUGUGGUGAUUGACGAUGGGGACAGCCAUCCAGACCAGGACCAGGAGCCAGAGCGGCUGCCAGGGGAACCCCAAAGCAACCUUACAAAGUGCCAAGACAUCCAGCCCAUGGCCAUGGCACAGGGCCUGGGCCUCACAGGCAGACUGCCAGGCCAGCUCAGCGGGGACCCAGUUCCACAAGAUGCCUUUCUUCAAGAAGAGAGUGUGAGGGAUGCACAGCUGAUGACCACCCUCCAGCUGCCUCAGAGCCGGGUUUCUCCAUUCAAGGACAUGAUCUUAUGCUUCUCUGAAGAGGACUGGUCCCUUCUAGACCCUGCCCAGACUGGCUUUUAUGGAGAGUUCAUCAUUGGGGAGGACUAUGGGGUCUCGAUGCCUCCAAACGACCCAGAUGCCCAGCCAGAUCUCUCCCAGGGAGAGGAGAAUGAGCCACGAGUUCCUGAGCUGCAGGAACUCCAGGAGAAAGAAGCACCCCAGGUCUCUUAUAUGGACUCUCCAAGUCUCCAGCCAUUCCAGGUGGAAGAAAGAAAGAAAAGGGACAAGUUGCAGGUGCCAGAGUUCCAGGCCUGCCAACAGACAGCGUUCACUCAAAGCACCUGCCCAGCAGGAGGUGAUCCGCCAUCCCUAGAAAACGGCCUUGACGAAGAGGUGACCAUCGAGAUCGUUUUGUCUAGCUCCGGAGACGAGGACUCCCAGCACGGCCCAUACUGCACAGAGGAGCCGCGGAGCCCCACGGAGAAGCAGCGCAGCCUCCCCGUCUCCCACCGGAGCAGCGCCGAGGCAGGAGGCGAGGUGCAGACCUCCUCCAAAAAGUCCUACGUGUGUCCGAACUGCGGGAAAAUCUUCCGCUGGAGGGUCAACUUCAUCCGGCACCUACGGAGCCGCAGGGAGCAGGAGAAGCCACACGAGUGCUCGGUGUGCGGGGAGCUGUUCAGUGACAGCGAGGACCUGGACGGGCACCUGGAGACCCACGAGGCCCAGAAGCCCUACAGGUGCAGCGCUUGCGGGAAGAGCUUCCGCCUCAACUCCCACCUGCUCUCUCACAGGAGGAUACACCUGCAGCCAGACAGACUAGAGCCGGUGAAGAAGAGAGAGCAGGGGACGUUGGCAAGCAUAAGCGGGGGUCCCAAUGCCCUGAUGGAAAAGAGCAAGGCCAAGCUGACUUUCCAGUGCUGUGACUGUGGGAAGGUGUUCCAGCGGCGUGACAACCUGGCCCGGCACCGCCGCCUCAUUCACCUGAAGGACAAGACCCGGCCCUUUCAGUGCCGGUACUGCGUCAAAAGCUUCUCGCAGAACUACGACCUUCUCCGUCAUGAGCGUCUGCACAUGAAGCGACGUUCCAAGCAGGCUCUGAACUCCUACUGAGUUCACCCGUCUGGUGCGCCCCCCCACCCCCACCCCGAGCUGGUGCUUCCCACACACAUUGGUACUGAUCGGUCCCCCGGAGACCCACUUUCCCCAGGAUAGAGAGCAUACCUCCUCCCGCCCUUUGCUCUCCAGUGGUGUGAUGGUAGUCCCCUCUCCACCUCUCACCCCCCAAAUAAUGAGAUGAUAGUGGCCAAUUGAGGAUUUGCUCAAUUUCUGCUGUGCUAAAAGGAAAAAAAAAAAAAAAACAGGGAUGGCAUGUCAUCACCCUUUUGAUGAGCUCCGUGUUUCUGUAUCUUAAGUGGGACUGGGCUGCUUCCCAUCGUGGUGACCACUUGGUCACCAACCAACCCUCAGUCCACUCCCUGCCAUCCUGCUCUGUCUGAACACUCCAGACCCUGAGGUUCCAGGAUAGCUGUGCUUCGUAUAUGACAGUGAGAAGCUAUUGUCAGGGUUGGGAGGAUGGCAGUAGUGCCUGGUGGGCACAGUGGGGAGCAGGGCCAACCACACCGAGUCAUGCUGUGUCAUCAAGAGUCAGCCCCAGGUCACCAUCAGGCCACAGGAGCACCCCCAGACCCUGACAUUAAUCGGGCAACCCUUUGGGGCUUUGAGUCCAUGGCGGGGAGUUCCAGAGCUCCUUCUUGAGACUGGGAAACUCAUCAUACCUUUUGAUUUGUCCUGGGGGCUGGUUAUUAGGGAUGGGAGGCUCAUCAGGAGCAAAGAUCACAUUUUAAACUGUGUUGCACUCCUGC